AAUUUCUGUGUCAAAGCGGACUUACAGUAUUUUCUUCGUCGUUGAUAUUACAUGCAAAAUAUGGUAUACUUGCACUUCCCGUCAAACCUAACCGAGGAGGAGUUGAUGCUGCAAACCAAGUUUAGCAAACUCAAAAGAAAGAAAAAAGCGUUGCAAGACCUAAAGGCUCCUAAGCAAGAAGUGGAACGUAUACCUCAGGCACCAAAACGACCUACAGAAGCGAGAGACGCUCGCGAAGUAGCCAAGAAAUUGAUUAAAUCUGGCGUAAUCACAGCCCCGAAGACCCCUAAGCGACCAGAGCAAACUUUCAAGAGAUCUCGUGGAUUAGAGAGGAAGUUGAACAGCACAGAAAAGACGAUUAGCUCUUAUCAACCAUUCUCGGCAACACAGGAGGAGGAGGAAACGGAGGUGGCGAGGCCAAGAGUGAAGGAUUUGUAUAACAGCUUUGUCAGCGCUCAAGACACUGGGGAGAGAAACGUGGGCGAUGCUCAGUCUCCCGCUAAACAGGAAGUUAAGCCACGUGCGGGAAAUACGAUAUUUGUGUGUGGCUAUAAGAUAACGGAGGAUUAUCUGAAGAAGCACUUCCAAAGUUUUGGAAAUAUCGUCAACAUUUCCAUGGAAGUAGAGAAAAAUCAUGGCUUCAUCACCUUUGAAAAAGCUGAAGCAGCUGAAAGAGCUAUAAGCGAAAUGGAUGGUAGUAUGGUCUCGUCUAUCCAAUUGAAGGUAUCAUUAGCAAGAAGGCAGCCGAUAAUAGAGCCGGUCAGUGACACUAUGUCCAGCUCUAUGUGGUCACCAAUAGCGGCAAAUUAUUCACAGAAAAGUGCACAUAAAGACAGGCGGGAGCUUAAAGUAUAUGAGGAGGAUCUUUUCCAGUAAAUUCACAGGUAUUUUCACAACUUUCGAAAUGCUGAUAUUGUAUAUAUACAAUAAAUAUAAUACCGAUAUAUAUGACAUUAUGAUAUUUUGUUACAUCUAUGUGGUAUGUAGGAACGUUUGUAUGUUAAUUUAUUUUUAAUAUUGUCUUCCUCCACAUAUCAUCUGUCAUAUUUGUCAACAAAUUCGAAUACCAAACGUCCGUAUUCUCUGUAUAAUAACUGAUUUAUUAUUAUAACAAAAUUCAUAAUAGAAAUAUUCAUCUCUAUACAUGUAUAAGAAAAAAUGUUAUACAAUCAAACCUUGUUAAUUAAUUAAGUUAUAAUUCCUUUUUUGUAUUCUCUUAUUGGUUAAUUUUGAUUAGGAGAAUCAUGGAAAGUUUUUGUUAAUGAUAUUUUAUUAAGUAGUAUUGAUCAUAUCUAUACUAGAUAUGACAAUUAUGACAAUGGCAACUAUUUCGAUCAUAAAAUAAAUUAUCUCUUUUGUUAAUAAUGGUGUAAUUAAAAAACACCAUACUUAUAUCUUUCUCUUAUCGCUUUGAAAAGUUAUAAAGCCAUAGUAGUAAAAAAAAAGAACAGAAUUGUAUAAUAUUUAUAUUAAAAAUAUUUAUUAAAACUUUGAAUUAUUCUUUAAAUGAGAGAGAAAAUGAAUUUUACUUACUUUUAAGUAGAAAAAAUUAAAAAAGAUUAUUCUUCAGCAAAUUAAAAAAGUACAAAGAUUUGAUUAAAUAAUAUUUUUUCUUAAAUGUUAUAAGAAGAGAGUUAUCUAGUGUGAUGUAUGUAUAUAUAACAAAAUUGUACUUAUAAAUAUUACAAGAAUCAUUGUAAAUAGUGUUCUUUAAGUAUUAAAGUUUAUAAUUAUA